AUGCCAUUAAGAGUUGCUAAAGGACAAGUAGUAGAAGAUUUUAUAGUCGACCACUCCAUAGAUGCAAAUGCACAGAACUAUCUCGAAUUGGAACCUUGGAAGUUGUACUUCGAUGGGUCUAGUCACAAGGAUGGUACAUGCAUCGGGGUUGUAAUUAUUUCUCCUAAUAAAAUUCCAACAAGAUUUAAGUAUAAAGUAGAGGGUAUCUGUUCAAACAAUGAGGCUGAAUAUGAAGUCCUUAUAGCAGGACUUGAAAUAUUGUUGGAAUUGGGGGCAACUCGAGUCGAAAUAAUGGGUGACUCAGAGUUAGUCAUAAAGAAAAUCACAAAGAAAUAUAGAUGUAUUAAGGAGAAUUUAAUUAUGUACUUCAUAAUAGCCAGUCACCUGCUAAAAAGAUUUGAAAUUGCUACUAUUCGAUACAUACCUCGACUAGAAAAUCAAGUGGCUAACGAUUUAGCUCAGAUUGCAUCCGGGUAUAAAAUUUCAAAAGAAAAUUUGCAAAAAGUCAUCGAAGUUAGAGGAAAGGUCGUGGAAACCAAAUUAAUACCUCUAGACUUAGAAAAGACAAAGUUGGGAUAUGCUAACAAAGGAAACUUCGAAAUAUUGGCAAUACACAAUUUGACAGAUGAAGAUUGGAGGAAACUAAUAGUGGUGUAUCUGCAGAAUCCAACGGCGUCUACUGAUCAAAAAACUAGGUAUCGAGCAUUGAGUUAUGUUCUUUUUGGUACAAAGUUGUUUAAAAAGUCUCCUGAGGGAAUUCUGCUUAAGUGCCUCAGUGAGUCAGAGGCGUACUUAGCCCUUUCGAAUGUCCAUAAUGGAGCGUGUGGGGAACACCAAGUUGGUCAUCAGAUGAAAUGGCUUUUAUUUCGCCAAGGGAUGUAUUGGCCUACUAUGUUGAAAUAUUUAAUUGAAUUCGCAAAGGGAUGCCAAGAAUGUCAGGGGAUUGAAGUUAUACCUUUACCAAAUGUGAAUCAAGAGGAUGUGAUUGAGUUUAUCCAGAAGCACAUUAUUUAUAGAUUUGGAAUCCCAGAGACGAUUACAACGGAUCAAGGGUCAGUAUUCACUGGUCGGAAAAUGCAUGAAUUUGCCAAAGAAAUGGGUUUCAAACUGUUAACUUCGACGCCUUAUUAUGCUCAGGCCAAUGGACAAGUCGAAGCUGCCAAUAAAGUGAUCAUUGGUUUGAUUAAAAAGCAUGUAGGGAAGAAGCCUGGGAAUUUGCAUAAAACUCUAGACCAGAUUUUAUGGGCAUGUCGUACCUCUCCCAAAGAGGCCACUAAGUUAACCCCUUUUCGGCUAACCUUUGGCCACGAUAUUGUUCUACUAGUAGAAAUUCACCUACAAUCUAUGAGGAUUCAAAGGCACCAUGAACUUCCAACAGAAUCAUAUUGA